AUGUCAUCCUCAAAUGCAGCGAAAGAAGAGCAGCCUUUCUUGGUGUACUCAGACGCUGAAGAAUUUCUUCCUCUUGAAAAUUCCACCAUCAAACCACGAAAUACCUCUUCAGCACGAACCUCGAAAUUCCUCUCGCAUUCAGUAGCUAUCUUCCUCACUUCUCUUUUCUGGUCCGUAAUUCUCUACAAAUACUCCACACCACCACGCCAUUACGGCUCCCCAAAAUACGAAUACGUCCCCAGCGCUGCCCGCUACAACAUAACCACGGGCGCACGCUACGUCUCCUGCGGACACAGUGCUACAGAGGCCAUUGACUCCGGCUGUGUCUACUCACUCCUCCUCAACGCCUGGGUGCCUUCCGCUUGCGAAGCCCCAGAUUUCCUAGAAGAGUAUCUGGAUGAUGGAUCCUGGGGUGCAUUCGAAGAUGAGAAUCAGACAAAACCUUUGACGAAGGAAGAGCUGGGGUUCCGGGAGACUUAUUUCACAAGUGCGAGGGAUCAUUAUAACCAUUGUGCAAUAAUGUGGAAGUUGCAAUAUUGGGCGCUGUUUGAGGAGUGGGGUGCGGUGGAUAGUAUCGUGGCCAGUCCUGCACAUACCGAUCAUUGUGCAUUAUUUAUGAGAGACCACCGUGAUGAUGAAAGGCCCACGCUGGUCGAAAUUGGGUUUUCAGGGUGUUGGAUAAGAAAUUGA